AUGACAAAAAUCACAGUAAAAACUCCAGUCGUGGAGAUGGAUGGUGACGAACAAACGCGAAUUAUCUGGCAAUUGAUUCGGGAAAAACUGAUAGCUCCAUUCUUGAACGUCGAUCUCAAGUACUACGACCUUUCGAUCGAAAAUCGAGACGCUACAAACGACCAAGUUACCACAGAUUCGGCACUCGCCACUCAAAAAUACGGGGUGGCAGUCAAAUGUGCUACCAUCACGCCCGAUGAAGCCCGGGUAGAAGAGUUCAAGCUGAAAAAAAUGUGGAAAUCGCCUAACGGCACGAUCCGGAACAUCCUGGGAGGAACGGUGUUUAGAGAGCCAAUUGUGAUCCCAAAAAUACCACGUCUUGUAUCGAAAUGGGAAAAACCGAUUGUGAUCGGUCGACACGCUUUUGGAGACCAGUACAAGGCAACAGACGUGGUGAUCCCCGGUGAGGGCGAAUUAAAACUGGUUUUCAAAUCCAAAAACGGUGACCAGGACAUGGAUUUGAGCGUUUUCCGCUAUCCCGAGACCGGUGGAGUGGCAAUGGCUAUGUACAACACCACAGAAUCCAUCGAAGGCUUUGCACGGGCCAGCUUCGAGCUAGCUUUGCAACGCAAAAUGCCACUUUACUCUACCACGAAAAACACGAUUUUGAAAAGCUACGACGGCAAAUUUAAGGACAUCUUUGAAGGUAUGUACGCCAGGGAUUACGAAUCUAAAUUUGAAAAAUUGGGCAUAUGGUAUGAGCAUCGGCUUAUUGAUGACAUGGUGGCGCAGAUGCUCAAAUCUUCGGGCGGCUUCAUCAUCGCUAUGAAAAACUACGAUGGGGAUGUCCAGUCCGAUAUUGUAGCCCAGGGAUUCGGUUCUUUGGGUCUAAUGACCUCCGUGCUUGUUUCACCCGAUGGAAAGACAUUUGAAAGUGAAGCCGCCCACGGCACCGUCACAAGACACUACCGGUUACACCAACAAGGUAAAGAAACCUCAACAAACUCAAUAGCUUCAAUAUUCGCAUGGACAAGAGGCCUCAUCCAGAGGGGCAGACUAGAUGGCACCCCCGAAGUUGUCAAGUUUGCAGAAACAUUGGAGAAAGCUACCAUAGACACCGUGCAGGAAGACAACAUCAUGACAAAGGAUUUGGCCUUGAUGCUUGGAAAAACUGACCGCUCGAGCUACGUCACAACUGAACAGUUUAUCGACGCAGUCGAGCGGCGGCUUAGUGGUGACUUUCGCACGCUCCCAUAA